UAUCUAUUUAAGAUCGCAGAAUUUCACGACGGAAAAGAUGACAGGAUUUAUCUUUCGCGUUUAAACGUUACAACAACAUUCGUUUGCGAAAUGAGUGAUAAAUGAGAUGUACUAGGAAAAAAGUAAGAAUUGACGAAAGAAACUAUUAAAAAUUAGACAUAUAGGACCUUGUAACUACGAAGCAAGUGGAAGUACCACCCGGUACGGAAAAAUGGCUGACUGCGAGAAGGAGGAGGCUCACAAUCUCCAAAUGGAGUUUGAAUGGGUACUUCAUGAAGAAGUUCAUUCUUCACUAUCACAGUUGAGGAAUAUUUUAAUGGAAUGUGCGCAAAGAUUUCCAUUAGCGUUAUUUGGCAAUGAUCAACACAAUAAAACAGAUAGAUUUGUAUUUGCUGCACCACAUGACCAAGUGAAAUGUGUAGCUGUUUUAACUGGUGAUAGUAUCACAAAUGCAGAAGUUAACUUUAAAGUGCAGCGUCAGCAAAAUAUUAAUAUGAGAACUAGUAUACAAAAUGAACAUCCUUGGAAAUUACAGCAGAUACAAGACGCUGCUAAUCAUUUGCAGCAAGCUAUUGCACACAUAGACAAUGUUGAUCGUCAUUAUCCUUUUAAAACAUCUGAUGAAGUUAUGCAUGUAUUAGGAAAUAUACUUGGUUGUCUUCAACGUAGUCGAACAAGUUUAAUUGUUCCUAGGAAAAGAACCAUUGAUGAUCUUAUUAAAAGUCGUAAUAUGAGAUAAAUAAUAAAAUAUUCUUUAUGGUGGUCAAAUCCAGAAAAUUUGGCUAUUAGCUUCUAUAUUCAAAGUUAUAAAUUAGUUUUGGCAGUAUAUCAAUUAGAGAAUGCACAUGGCAAUGUUAAGUAUGAAACACAACAAGCAGAAUGUAGUGUUCCAUGGUUAAAUGAUGCUUUAGUAUUACUUACUAUAGCAUUACAGCUUUGUCAACGACUAAAAGACAAGAUCUGUGUUUUUUCUCAAUACAAAGAUUUUACGGUUGGUUCUCAUGUUCCUUCUACAGUGGGUUGAUGAUUAAAACAUGUUUGAGCAAUCAAAUAACCUUCAAUUAGGAAAAUGAUUUUGUAUAUCUAUAUGACAGUAUGCCACAUUCAGUGCUCUGGUAGCAUUUUUAGUGGAAUUUGUUUUUACA